GUAGCGAGAGCGAGCGUAGUCCUGUAUACUCGUACGCUGGGAUCCAUGCAUACACAGUGUGUGUUGUUAAACUCAAUGGUUGCAAUUUGAAGUGGUAGCUCUAUUGAGGACUGUGUCAGAAUAGCAGCAAGAUCAGUGUUAUAUCAGACAAGGAUUAAGUCUUAUUCCACCUGCUUCCUGUUGUUGUGUCAAAUUAGACCCAGGAGAACUGUUCCGGAGUCCCUAAUGAGACUGUUCUAGCAUGGAAAAAUGAUCACUGCCAAAACUUCAGUGUCUUGGCUUCCAGGCUUGAUUGGACGAUGGAUUAAUAACAGUUAGGAUCAGCUCUCGUUUCUCUAAGGAUGUAUGUGUCGGACAUGUGGGCUUCAUUACAAGAUUCAACAUUUGUAGAUAACCACAGUGUGACUGACUGAAUUUGAAUGAAAGCGACAGACAUAAUGAUCAACAACUUGCAGCAUUCUUGACAACUUUUCCACAUUACUUUUGAAGAUAUUUACCUGAAGUUAAAGCACCAAGCAACAAGAUGGUUUCCAUGGCAACACUUAUUCCACUAGCUGUUCUACUUCCUGUCUUGUGCCCAGCUCAAGAGGUAGUGCUGUCCUACAGACUGAAAGAGGAGCAAUCAGCAAAUACCUUUGUCGGUAAUGUGGCCCGAGACAGUUAUUUGUAUGGCAAUGUUACAGAGAGUGUAUUUCAGAGGCUAAAAUUCAACUUCUUCUCUCAAGGGAACCCAUCUUCCCGACUUUUUGAAAUUGACGAAAAGAGCAGUACAAUUCGGACGGCACAAGUAAUCGACCGGGAAUCACCUGAUGUCUGCGAGGGCAAGCCGGAGUGUAUUUUGAACCUAGACAUUGCUGUGUAUAUCCGAGACGUGUCAAAAAAUAGGUAUGACCUCUAUAAACUGAUGCAGGCCAAGGUUGAUUUAGUGGACAUUAAUGACAACAAACCUGAAUUUCCCCAGGGUUCUGUCAGUCUCAGCUUACCAGAAUCGGUUCCGGUUAAUCAUAUGUUAUUGGCAAGUGGUGCCAUUGAUAAGGAUACUGGAGCCAAUAAUUCAAUUAAGAGCUAUGAAAUUAUUCCUGUAAAUGGGAUGUUUGAUCUCAAGGUACAACACAAUUUUGGAACGUCUGAUCUCGGGAUUGUCGUCAAACAUAGUCUAGACCGUGAGACCAAAGACUUCUUUCAAGUGACCAUUGUAGCUAAAGAUGGAGGCUACCCUCAGCGGACUGGAUCUGUGUUGAUUAAUAUUACCGUCACCGACGUCAACGACAACAGCCCUGCAUUUAUAGAGUCAUCAUAUAACGUGACCGUCAUCGAAAAUGGCACAGUCAAUGCCACAAUUCUUCAAUUAUCUGCAGUUGACCAGGACAAAGGAGCAAAUGGCGAAAUUUCAUAUCAUUUGAGUUCACGAGCCUCUGACAAAGUUCGUAAGGCCCUUGCUAUUGACCCCACAUCCGGUAAGGUGUACACUAUAGGCGAUAUUGAUUAUGAAGAGAAUAAGCAAUUCCAGUUCAUGGUUGAGGCCAGGGAUAAAGGAUCGCCAUCUCGGUCCUCGUUAGUACCUGUUGUUAUUAAUGUUAUUGAUAAAAAUGAUAACAAACCAGAAAUAAACAUUAACUUGUCCCCAGAAGGAUCUGAUAUCUCAGAAGGAGCAGAAACAGGCAGGUUUAUAGCUCAUGUGUCUGUUACUGACAGAGAUGAUGGUAAAAAUGGAGAUUUUACUUGUGAUAUGAAUGAUGCCCACUUUUCCCUUGAUAAGUUCAAUGCAAAUGUGAACAACGUGUACAAGAUAAGCCUGAAAGAGAAACUGGACCAUGAAAGCUCCCCAACACAUAAUGUUACCAUCACCUGCAAAGACAAGGGAGAUAACCCUCAGACAAACUCAACAAGCUUCCUAGUUAAGGUUCUUGAUGAGAAUGACAAUGCACCAAAGUUUAAUAAUGUGCCAAUUAUUGGGCAAAUUGUGGAAAAUAACAAGAUUGGUAUGGAGAUUCUGCAAAUAACUGCUAAAGACUGGGACAGCAAGGAGAACGGUAGAGUGACAUAUUCUUUAGAUAGUGAUGCAGGAUCAUUGUUUACCAUUAACCCCGGGACUGGUUCUUUGCUUGCAACAGCACCAUACGACAGAGAAACUGUGUCAAAGUAUGAGUUUGGUGUGAUAGCCACGGAUCAUGGUUCCCCACCAAAAUCAUCAACUGCCAAAGUCCUUAUCCGGAUUCUGGAUCAGAAUGACAAGCCACCCAGAUUCACUGUGCCUGUUUUCCGAGGAUAUAUUCUGGAAAAUCAACCAAUCAGAACACCAGUUCUGAAUCUGACUGCCACGGAUGAGGAUGAAAAACCAAACAUGAAGUUUGCAUUUGGGCCAAACUCGGAGGUGAAUAAGUGGUUUGCUAUUGACGAAAAUACUGGAAGAAUCACAAGCAAGCGUUCAUUUGAUCGGGAAACUCAGAAAAAGUAUAACUUCACUGUGAUUGUACAAGAUCCAAUGAUAACCAGUUUUCAUGAUACAGCUCAUGUUACAAUUCAUGUCCGAGAUGAUAAUGACAACAUCCCUAUCAUCACCUACCCGACCAAAUCCAACAAGACCGUGCGUAUUCCUUAUGGAACUAAGGUUGGAACUAUUGUCACUAAAGUAACUGCUAAAGACACAGAUGACAUUGACAUCCAGUUCAUCAGAUUAACUUUUUCAAUCAUAUCUGGUAACAAAGGAAGUUUGUUUAAUAUAAACCGAAUGAAUGGUGAAUUGGCAGUUUCUCGUGUGAUGAAAUCGUCAGAUUUAGGAUUUCAUGGACUAAAAGUUGCUGUUAAUGACCGUGGAACGAAUUCAAAAUCGGCAACUGCGACCUUGGACAUUUUUGUUGUCGAUGUUAACGGCACGGCUAGGAAUGAAGGGCAUUCAGAAGUGCUUGAAAAGAAUAUGAUGAUUGUGAUUAUAUUGAUAGCAGUGACAGUUAUAUUAGCAAUUGCGAUAUUUGCAACGAUAUGCAUGAUUCGCAGAAUUGACAGAGAGCGCCAGCAAAGAAGAUCAGCUAUGAUUAAAACAGACGAGGACAAAACAUUAACAGCAAUUUCAAACAGAGACAGUUUUUUAGUCAUAGCCAAAGACUCAAAUGAAAAUGAUGAUACAAAGUUAAAACGGAAUAAAAAGGAAGUUAGUUUUACGUUUGAAGAUGAUCGAGAUAUACACAACAUGAGCAAUUCUUCUGGCCAUGCGUCGAUGUCAACGUUUGGAGUUCCGGCACCGACAGAACAUUCCCAAUCGAAUUCUCAGGAGGUGAAUCUCAUGAUGACCCCCAUUCCUUCACUGGUUGAGAAACAAAACAACAUGAACAGCCCGGGUGCACAUGAACCUUCUAACAUUCCAGUACAAAACAAUAUCCCGGUGACGCCACACCCCACCGAUAAAACAUGGAUACAAAAUAUGAAUGAAUCUGAGGCUCGUCAUUUAAUGGAGAUAUUAAAGAAACCAGAUGACAUUAUGAGUGAAACUUCAGGAGAAACAGGCACCAGUGACAGUGGUCGUGGUGGAAGUGAUGAAGACAUCAACAGCAAUAGAAGUGCUACACAUGAUAUAGAUGAUCCUCGUAUUCUUCAUCCAGCUCACUUCAUUGGAGCCGAUCGUUUCACACGAUUUAACGAUGGCCGCAUGUCCGAGUUGUCCCGGUCAUCUCGCAGAAAUGGAUCACGUGGUCAUGUUGUGUCACCAAUGCCCAGUGGAACAGGUAAACGCAUUAGGGAGGAAUCGAUGGAUUAUGGAAGGUCACAUGACCUCCCUCAAAGCUACACGGCCAGCCCGUGCCAUUUUGAACAUUUUCCAUCCCAUAAUAUAGCCAAAGAUUCCACACCCCAUAAUUUGCAAAACGACGGUUACCAUCGUAUGGAUCUUUCAUCUUACCCUCCCAGACAAACAGACUUUUAUUCAAGUGGGAGUUGGCGGGCGGAUUCCAUGAGUUACCGCGAUGAUGAUGACAGAACGACAACAUCCGGAAGCUAUACAAUUAAUCCUGAUGAGCUGCGUCAUGAUAUGGAUGAGGUUUUCUACACAGAACAGGAUAUUGUUGUGUAACUUCAGAAUUACAUUGAUUCUUAUGGAUGUUAUGACAUUCCGUCUGUCUGUCUGUCUGUGUGUCUGGUUGCCAAGGAUACCAAAGAGUAUCCAACUGUCCAUGGAUGCCCUGUGAAAGCCUGUGAAAGCCAAAGAUGCCUACUAUUACAGAACAAGACUGGCGUCAUUAGCCACUCCAAAUCUUUGUGUUAACAGACCUUCCUCCGAAGAUGAACAGCCUUAGCGGAAACAUGAAGUAUUACUUGUGCCAAUAUUUGACAAACUACUGCAAGACAUUUGUUCUUGAUGAACAGAAACAUGUAUCCUGAUAUUUCACACAGACAAUGAACAGAUCAUGUUUUCUACUACUGUAACGACACCGCAAUGCUCUAUGCAAAGGUAGUUGGAUUGUGUUUAGCAGCAAAGCUAGACCUAUGUAUGAUUCACACAUUAUUUGUAGUACAGAGCUACUUUUCUGUUGCUUUUGUUGGACCAGUUUAGGUGUGAGCAGUCGUAUCUGUUCCAAAUACAAUGAAACCUUGUUAACCUGGAAACCUGCUUAAUCUGGAAAUCCUGCUUUUCUGAAUAUCUGGAAUGUUUUAUAAUUAUGAGGACACUGGUAUAUCUGUGAUGGAUUAAUCUGGAAACUUGUUAAUCCAAUGAUUUCUUUCAGAAUGGUACUGUCCAGAUUAACAGGGUUUCACUGUAGCUUAUAUUUUCACAAUCAGCAAAUGGAAUUAACUUAAGCUGAUGGGCUUUUACCUUCCAAAAUAAGUGAAAAAAAAGUCUACAGCAGAUGACAAAGUGGUGCUAUAUUGCGACCUUUAGGGUCAGACUUUUUUAUAUUCCUUGCAGAAUAAUCUCUUAGGAGAUGCACUCAGUCUCCCAUGAUACAAGGGACUACGUUUUUUUCAGACAUUGAUUCAAUAUCAUGCAAAAGUUGUUUUUUCCUGAGAUCAUAUCCCUGGCACUAAAACUGGAGUUGUUUUGAUAACAGUGCAAGCUGAAGUAAUAGUGCUAUAUCUUCCGAUACUUCAGAAACUGGUGAUUAAUUGUUGACAGGCUUCCACUAAAAGUCUCACGAAAUGUCUCGCCAAGAUUUAUUUGGAUGUCUGUAUUACUGCUUAUGUGGAGAUAAUUUCUGGUUAGAAAUUGGAUACAAUUUCCAUUGAACAAACUCUGGGACUUUAGGAGAGUUUUCAUCUUCAUCUGCAGUAAGUGUUGACAAGUUUCCUCAACACAGCUAUAGUUCAUUUCCUCAUUUGGGGAAUGUGUUUAUUUUGAAACCCAAAUCGUACCAAUUAUAUUCUGUUUGUAUGUUUAUCUUAAAUUAUUUAUUGACUUAAUAAAAUUGGAAAUGACUGCAGAAUUAUCAACAUUUGUGUCAUAUUUGAUUAAAAAUGAGGCAAUAUUGUCAGAUAAACAUCUGACAUUUAGACACAUUAUUGGGGCAACAAUGGGUAAAUUUGAAUAAUUAUGACAGUAUAAGAUACAAAUCUUGAUUGAGAGUACCCCACUGCGACAUUUGUCAGUUGUUUGAAACUUUGUAAAUUGAAUAAAUUUUAUCACAUUUCAAGGUCAGAUGGGUCACUGGAGUGGGCAAGAUUGGAGGUCCUUUGAUCAAAUCUUCAUAAAUGUUUAUUGUUUAAUGGCUUCUGUCAGACCGGACAUUAAGUUUGGACAAUGGGAUGGACACUCCGAUCGUCAUCUGUUAUAGUUGUUCUUGACCACAAUGGAAGCAAAGUCCACUAAGGCAAUCUUUUGUUUGCUCAGUCAAACACUGAAGUGACCAUUAUUGAAUUUGUUCACUGGAAAGUGGCGAUAAAUGUGAUGAAAUUUAAUGAUUUUGUGGCCGAUUAAAGCGUCUCACAUCAGAGAAUCUUAAACUGCCUCUGGAGUUUGAUUUCUUUGGGGAUUCACUUUUGAUUAAAUUGUGCACUGGUUGGAGUUAUUAGACAAUACAGUAAUGUAAUAUUCCUAAACUUUUCCAAUCCUUUGUCCAAAUUUUCCAAUAGAAACAGCAAAGACCCUUUAUGGAUUUUACCAGCCAUUAUGUAUUCUGUGAUAAUGCUUGGACUAAGAUUUAGUAGGCAUAUACAAGGCUGUAAUGGCAGUGUCAGAGUGGAAUCCACACUUACAGAAAUAAAUCCAUCCCACACAAACAUUAGAUUAAAUCUUGACAAAUUUAAUGAGAUUUGUUUGCAAGGAGCAUGAAGUUUGAGCAUUGACCAAAUAUCUAGGGUUAAAAGCGAGGGGUGAACAUGUGACUUACUAGCCUAAGGUAGCCAUGAUAGCAUCUUUAUGUUUACUGCUAUUGUGGUCAGCUCAUCUUCUAAGGGUCAGUGAUUUCAACAGUGUCAACUUCUUAUUUGUGGGUCCCAGCUGUUGGUGCCGUGCCUAAUAUGGUAAUUUCUAACAUGUCCAAAUUAGUUGCACUUUGUGUACGAAAAUCUUCAAAAGAAGUGAUUGGCAUUUUAGAGUGAAAUGAGAAAGGCUUAUCUUUCAAUGUCAUUUGGAAUUCAAGUUUAGGAAUGUGUUUUAAGUCGUUUGUCAUGAGUUAGUGUCCAAUUAGGAAAACAGUGACAAAUUAAGUUGACCUUUUGUACACUUUGGAAAACUUGGCGCUUAGAUCAUGACAUGUCAAAGGAUGUCCUGAAGGAACUUCUGUUUCUCCAUUGAGAUCGCUGUAUAACUGAGUUAUUCUAACAUUAUUGGGUGUGUAGAAUGACACAAUAUCAGAGACAAUAUGAGUCUCAAGUAGUUACUCAUAUUAUCGACAGAUAAAGCACUUAUCCUAUUUUAUAGAGUAUACAAAUUAUGAUAAAGCACUUAUCCUUUCUUUUAAUAGAGUAUAAAAUUAUGAUAAAGCACUUAUCCCAUUUUGAAUAGACAGUAUAAAAUUAUUAUGAAGCACUUAUCCCUUUUUAAUAGAAAGUAAUAAAAUAUUCUAUUGGUGACAUUUUCACAAAUAAUACUGAGUCAUUAUAUGGUAAACUACUAAGGUCUUCCAAGGGUUGAUAAAAGUUUUGAGAGUACAGACCAAUGAAGAGUAAGUUAUUAUUGUGUUGAGGAAACAUUGUCAGUAUGUUUUAAUUAUUAGUUAUUAUUUUAAUCAUGAAUUCACCACAUUAUAUUGCUAAUUUAUCAGCUCCAUGUCCCUGCUCAUGGGUUUCACCAAAAAGGUAAACCUCUGACACCUGUAUCAGGGCUUUCUUCCCACACUCAGUUGUAAUAGCAUGAUAUAACCGGAAUACUGAUCAAUAUGGUAUUCUACCCAAGUUAUUCACCAACUCCUGGGGUGAAAUAUUCCAUAUCAAACUGCUCCUGUCAUUAAUGUUUUGUUGGAACAAAUACCUACAAUGUUGAUACUGAAUCAAGAGCUUGUAUUUCUGAUGUUUGUACCAGAGAUGCACAUGAUUACAAGGAAUAUAUGUUCUUACAUCUGUCUCAUGCUGUACAUUUUGUAAUAUAUUUGGACAUAUGAGAAAUUGUACAUGAUCAUAUCGAUGAAUGAACGACAAAAGAAUUGUUGAUGAACAAAAGCAUUUGCUUAUGAUGUUGUCUGAGAAUAUAUGUUGUCAUUCAAAUUGUCUUUUUACAUUUGCUAUGUAAGUUAGACAGGGAUAUACGCAAAUUGUACAGAUUUAUACACAAUCUAGUCUUUUUAUCAGUCUUAAAACCUUGCUGAAAUGUUCUGGCAGAAAUAAAAUGGUAUAACACAAAAAUUAAAAAACGUAUGUCAGACAAAACAUAUUUCAGCCAGGUUUUCAGAUCUGUAUGACUCAACCAAAUUAUUGAUUAGUGUAAUAUCAAUAGUGCAAUGAAAAACAUUCUUGUUUUUAGAUUUGAUAUAAAAAUAAGAUAUGUCAAGAUGGUCACUAACAGCAAGAUAGUUGAAAGAGGAAACUUGUGGAAAAGGAAUAAGAUAUUCAGAGAAUCAAAUGAUCAGCUGGGUACAAUCUGAUACCCUUUUCUUUAACUCUUCUCAUUACAAUGGUGUGAAUAGGAUUCUGUAUAUAUUAAUAGGGAAAACAGAUAUGUCUUUUCAAAAUACUGUGGACAUUUUCUGAAAAUCAGUUUUUGUAUCAUGGAACGAUAGAAAUAUCACUAUAAAAAUGGAGUAGUAUAUAUAAAUUUUAUACUUGAAGAACUCAAACACCAUUGGUGUAGAAUAUAUGAAAUUUACACUUGAAGAGCCGAAUCGCUGUUGGUGACCACCAAAUUAUUAGGUCUUUGUCCCAGAAACUUGAACAUAUAUGUCUGGGUAUGUCUUUUAGCAGGUACUGCCUCCAGUUCCUUCACCGUCCCAGCGUUGCUUGAUGUUUUUUCCUCCCUGGUGCCUAAGAAUGGUGCCAUUGCUGAUGCAUCAUUAACGAGCACAUGCAGGCAUGUGUCUGGCAACUACCUGAAUUGCACAUUCUAUUUAGAUGAGACACUCCAUUUUAACUGAAUUAAAAUGUGUGUAUCUUGAUCACAUCAAACUUAAAACUAUGACAGGGACAAUACAGAAAAUAGCUAUUUGAAAAUGCCAGACCAUUAUGUUUUCAUAGGAGUUUGGUCAAAGUGCUAAGAGAUUGGCUGAGGUUAUUGUAUUUUGUUAGAAUGCAAACUACAAAUACAAAAUUCAGAUUAGGCAUAUUCAGUCAUAAUGAAAUUAAGAUUAUUAAUUUGUAUAUUUAAAAAAUUUAGGACAUUCCUAUCCAAUUAAAUAAGUACAGAAAAUAGCUUGGGUCCCAUUCCCCAAAGCCUCUUAGCACUAAGCCUUUUCUAAGCCUGUGUUGAAGAGUGGGAGUUAUAAUAAUCUUAGUACUAAGAUCACUCUAUUGAACGAGUCCCAGGUCUGAUUAGAGCUGACAAACAUAAGAACUUAAAUGACAACUUUUUACAUCAAAACCCACCAAAUUUACCUGAACCACCUAAAUCGAAAAUUUGUUGGAAUGUGUGUGAAACACUAGUUUUGUUUCUGUACUUCAAAUUUUGUAACUGUAAGUGAACUACAUAAAAUAUGACACUGACGAACAGUGUUUCAGCGACUUGAAUUAAGUAUUAGGACUGCCACAUUCCCAGAGUCUAUUGCCUGUAAAUACAGAAACAAUGGGAAGCCACAUGCUGGACGGUGAUGGGAACUACUAUGGAGGCACCUGCGACUACCUCACCUGCGUGCUGUCUGUCGCUGCCGUCUGAAUGCAGAAUGCUGUGUGCGUAUCACAGGUCCCUGGCAUGUGGUUAUCAGAGCUGUAUAUGUAUUUAUUUUCUCAUAUGAAUAAACCACAAAUAUCAGUACAA